AUGACUACGAGUCUUCGGGCGCGGGACCGUUUCCCCCUCCCAGGCGAGCGACGUGAACAGCCCCGCCCCGACCGGACGGCGCCACGCGACUCCCGACGGGACCGGCAGGGCGUCCCAUCGCUCGUCGGUUCCGAAGGUGGCCUCGAUCCGCCCAUCCCGUCCCCAGUGCGUUCCCUGCCCGCCCUGAUGCGCCGCGCCAUGUCCCUGACAUGA